AUGCGAGAUUUUCAACAAGUCCCCCACCCCCACCACCUGCCCAAGGCACCCCGAUUAGCGCAGCGAUCCAUCACGAACUGCCCAGGCAACGUCACAGAAUCCAAGCCCACAAGUGCUUCCUCAAGGUUCCUCACCCGUCCAAACUUCCAACCCUCCACCCGUUUGCGCCAGGCACCGACGACCUCCUCGGGACCCUACCGAUUCUUCCAUCUUCCGACACCCGAUCCCGAAGUGAUUAGCCAAAGGCGCGGACGAACACGACGACGUUCACACCGAGAGAGCUUUCCCCGCUCUUUCCACUUCUCACGAUAUCCGACCUCUUCCACGCCGCUUAAUCGCCGAGCUCCUCGAGAAACAAAAGCCAACUCACAGCCAACAAUGUCGGGAAUCACCGACUUCCUCGGCCGUGCCAUUAGCACGGUCAAGCAGGCCAUCGAUGCCGAUAACGCCGCCGAGUACGACAAGGCCUUUCAACUAUACACAAAGUCGCUCGAGCUCUUCGUCCUUGCCGUCAAGUGGGAGAAGAACCCAAAGUCAAAGGAGCUCAUCCGCCAGAAGACGGCCGAGUAUAUGGACCGCGCCGAGAAGCUCAAAACAUACCUCAACGAAGCGGAGAGUAAAAAGAGCGGCGGGGGCGGGAACAAACCCGGUGCCGUGGGCGUUAAUGGCGGCGGCAAGGGUAAGGGGAGCGCUGACGACGGCGAUGAGGACAACAAGAAGCUGCGCAACGCUCUCAGCGGCGCCAUCCUGCAGGAGCGGCCCAAUGUACGGUGGGACGACGUAGCCGGUCUCGAGGGCGCCAAAGAUACGCUAAAGGAGGCCGUCGUGCUGCCCAUCAAGUUCCCGUCACUGUUCCAGGGCAAGCGUCAGGCGUGGAAGGGUAUUCUCCUCUACGGCCCGCCUGGAACGGGUAAGAGUUAUCUGGCCAAGGCGGUCGCGACGGAGGCAAACAGCACAUUCUUCAGUGUCAGCAGUUCCGAUCUCGUAAGCAAGUGGAUGGGAGAGAGUGAGAGGCUCGUCAAGGCCCUGUUCAGCAUGGCGAGAGAAAACAAGCCCUCGGUCCUGUUCAUUGACGAAAUCGACGCCCUCUGCGGCCCCCGCGGCGAAGGCGAGUCCGAGGCGUCAAGACGUAUCAAGACGGAGCUGCUCGUGCAGAUGGACGGUGUCGGAAACGACAGCAAGGGCAUCCUGGUCCUGGGCGCGACCAACAUCCCCUGGCAGCUCGACGCCGCCAUCCGCAGACGUUUCCAGCGCCGCGUGCACAUUGGUCUCCCCGACGUCAACGGCCGCGCGCGCAUGUUCAAGCUGGCCGUCGGCGACACGGAAACGCACCUCCAGGCGGACGACUACCGCGUCCUGGCCGAGCUGUCGGAGGGUUUCUCGGGCAGUGAUAUUGCCAACGUGGUGCAGCAGGCUUUGAUGGGGCCCGUUCGCAAGAUUAUCCAAGCCACACACUUUAAGCCGGUUGUUCACGAGGGCCAGAAGAAGUUGACACCUUGCUCGCCCGGCGACCCCCAAGCCAAGGAGAUGACGUAUCACGACGUCGACUCGGAGGAGCUGAUGGCGCCCAUCAUCGAGCUCAAGGACUUCAAGCAGGCCUUGAGGGACUCGCAUCCCACUGUUUCCGACGACGAUGCCGCCAAGCAAAUAGAGUGGACAAACGAGUUUGGUAGCGAGGGCGCAUGA